AUGGCACAAGGCGGAGCCAAGUCUAUCUCGGCGGCGCCCUCAGCGUCAGUCUCAGACUGCCGGCCAGUCAUCAUCAUCGGGGCGGGUAUCAGCGGCUUGUUGCUGGCCCAGCAUUUGCGCCAGCAGGGUGUACCUUUCCGCAUCUUCGAGCGGGAUGCAGACAUGAACACCCGUGGGGUUGGAUGGGGUUUGACGCUCAAUUGGUCCCUUCCCAUGUUGAGGUCUCUUCUCAGGCCUGAACUACUGUCCAGAUUCGCAGAGACGUACGUCGAUCGUCAGGGCAUUGCGUCAGGCCUUGUUCCGAGAUUCCCCUUCUACGAUCUCAGCACCGGUGAACUCAAAGCAACAACACCGCCUCUUCCAGAGACAGUGCGAGCCCGCGUAACACGAGAGAGGUUGAGAAAGUGGCUAGCCACAGAUGUUGAUAUCGAGUGGGGCAAGGCGUUCAAGUCCUUUAUUGAAACUCCAAACAGCUGCUCUGAUGAGGCCGUAAACGAAACUGGAAAAGGCUGCUCAAGUGUGAUUACCGUAACAUUCGACGAUGGCUCGACUUGCGUUGGCGGCUUGCUUGUUGCAUGUGAUGGUAGCAAUUCACGGGUUCGAAAGGCCCUGUUUCCAGAGCUGGCGCAGGAGAACUUGUACCGAAUUCCCAUUGCUGUCAUGGGUGUAAAGAUGCAGUUGUCCACGGUCCAAAUAGCUGGAAUGCGAGAGCAGGACGCGUACUUUCUUCAGGGAACCUCGUCAGAGAACGACUCGUUCGUCUAUAUGAGCGUUUUGGAUGCACCUGGCAAUAGCCCGGAUAACCCGCCUGAUUCGUAUAAUCUGCAAAUAUGUCUCUCCUGGCCGUACAGAGAUGGGUAUUUGGGAAGGAAGAAACAAGUAUGCGUGCCAGAUACUCAAGAGGACCGACGCAAGUUAUUUUUGGAGUUUGCAGCGUCAUACGCAGAACCAUUUCGGUCUGUCAUGGGAGCGAUAACAGACGACACAGAAAUCAGGAGCGUGGAUCUCUCGGACUGGCCUCCACCAAAAGGCCUACAUACAACAGGAAACGCCGUGUUGAUGGGAGACUCACUACACCAUAUGGCAAUGUAUCGAGGCGAGGGAGCAAACCAUGCCAUUGCUGAUGUUGUCGACUUUGCGAAUCAUGUCACGCCGCUACUGGUAGCUGACAAUGAAUCCGCUUCUACUGCUGGCAACGAGCGGCAGACAGCGACGUCAGCAACAGCUGACAACUUGGCUGCUGAGGAGCAAGCAGCUCAUGGCCUGGAACGAGGCAUACUACGCCAUGCACUGGAUCAGUAUGAGGAUGUAGUGAUCAACAGGGCACGCCCAGGGGUCCUGGCGUCUCGUCGUGCUUGCUUGGAUGCCCAUGAGUGGGCUCGAAUUGGCCCUGAAAGCCCUCUGCUAACUAAACGGCAGAUGGACAUUGUUUACGAUGAAGUGGCGGAUAGGGUUGUGGGUUGA